AUGGUUAACGAAGUAAAUCAGACAUUUAAGGCGUUGUUUCAGACCCAAGGUGUUGUAACGGUGUCUGAUAUUUGCCUUAAUGAUGCCAUUGAUAAUGAUGCGCAUGACUAUGACGCCGCAAAGUGUGCUAAACAACAAGUUAGGAAAUAUCGCAAGAAUACGAUUAGCAGGCAAAGAGUGUCUAAUCACGCAUGCUCUGUUUCACCCAACGAAAUGCAGAAUAGGGUGUCAAACACUAGCAUAGUAUUACAAAACAGGACUGCAGAGCAGUUUCAAGAUGUAUCAACUCGGAAAGGUGAAAGACUCAAGCGUGUGCGCAUCACACUAGAUAAAAAAAAUAAUAAAGUCUGUCGGCAUGCAAAAAGACUUACAUCAAUGAGACACAAUCUUUCCAACAUGAAGGAGUUGAAAAAUAAAUCGUGGGGGGAGUGCUAUGAUAGUGGUACCGUCUCGUCACGUGCAAGGGCAUGGCAUGCGCUCUCACCGAAGCUAGAGGAGUCAGCCCUUUUCGAGACUCCUGUUGGUGGAUGUCUCAAUGAUGUAUCUACCUAUCAGACAGAGGUGGGAGCUUCAGGUGACGUCAGUAUACCGAUAGGAACGGAAUUAACCUCCCAUGAAUCGUUGAAGCAAGGCCGGUGUAGCCUCAUGCGAACCGAUACAACUGACACAAUCCAGUUGCCUCUCGAUACCACACUAGACCAAACCAGUUCCUCUGCCACUAAUAUGUCGCAAACAACGGAGGAGGCAAGGAUGGAGAGUCGGAUGGCCCUUGAAGAGCUCAGUACCCUAAAGCAUAGGCUAGAAAGAGUAGAUGAUCGCUUAGGAAACCUAUUAAAUAAAAGUGAAGUAGACUGUUCUGACGUUCUGCUUAACCAAGUGAGCUCUAUCACCGAAGUGGUUGAGACAGUCGAUCAAUUCAGUUCGCUUUUCGUCCCUAGUCCACCCUACAGCAUGGGUAAUAGAUUUAGCGCUACGGAUCCCCUGAGUCCAAAGUAUGUUGACUGCGACGAUGAAUUUUGUUUAGAAAAACACUUCAAUCCAGCAAAUUAUGCGAUGGAAUUACUGCGGGGCAGCAUCUCUGUCGAAUCGAAUGAGGCUCCUGAUGAGUACGAUGCAUUGGUGCAGUACAGCACAAACUGCGAUGAAGCACUCCCCCCUAAAAGGCAGAAGGACUGCGGCGAUGUCAAGACCCACAUUGGCGCUCUGGAAGAUGACUUUGUGUUGAAUUUUAUACAAAAAGCCGCGCACGAAAUAGGAGAGGAUAUAGGAAAAUGUAUGAAGACUAUCACUGCGAAUUCCCGUGUCAAGACCGGCACACAAAAGAAUUUUAUUGAUGCUGAGGAGGUGCAGAAACUUCUGCCUUAUACUCUUAGCCAUCUUCGAAACGUGAUUCUCACUUCCUCUUCUUCUUCUGUCCCUAUCACCGCUACCACGAAUGAUAAUACUGGCCUCUAUCAGAGUGGAAACACCGACGGAAACCCUCCGCGUAGUGAGACGGGCGGUGAACCGAAGAGGCACCAACAGCAAAUAUGGUCUGAACAAGAAGCAAUUGUUAAGAGAAUUCUUCAGGUACAACCUGAAAUUUCUCGUGAAAUGCGAGAGGAAUUUACUCGUCUACGUCGGCAAUUAGAUUAUCUAACAGGUGUUCAACAGGAGCAUUUGCGCAGGCUGGCACGGGAGCAGCAGGCCGAGACCCGACGUCGCCUGCUUGCCCCGCGUGUGAAUCCAGUUACCAGGGGAUUUCUCGAAGCUACGUACGCUGAAGAAAACAGUAAAAAAGGCCUCGAUAAAGCUAUUGAAUCAUAUGAGCUCGGCAGACAACUUCAGCGCGCUGCGCAAGACCUGGGUCGACCCAUUCCCCCAUUAAUAACCAUCUCGACGGGUAAUUCAGCCACCGUUUCGCUCGGUCCUUCCGCGCCACAACAGUCCCAAUGGUGUGCACUUAAGGAACGCGAAGCACAAUUUUAUGAAAGGGAGCUCUAUCACCUUAAAGAUGAAUAUAAUCGCCUCCUUGUGGACGAGAAAGAGCGCCAUCGUGAUGAGCGCAAGGCCUUUCUGAAUGCGCUUAAGGAGCAGUACACAACCCUCUCUAGGCAGUAUAAGCAGACAGUUGACUCUCUUCAGCGUGAGGCACGGCUACAGCAAAGGGAACAACAAGCACUAAUAGAACGCAAACUUCUAUAUGGUCAGGAAACGGCGCGGCGCCUUAUAAGUUUAGAGCAGCAGCACCGGUAUGAAGAGAUGACAAAGAAAAUUAAUCAAGAUAUCUUAGAUGUGGUAAGUUCCUAUGCCGCCUCUACCCAGCCAUUAAAUCACCGGAACGUUCCACCGGAGCACUAUCCCAAGCAACGAAUACCGAAUAAAGCUGUUACAAAGCGCAAGGUACCCCCAUCGGAUGCUAGAAAGGUAUCCUUUACGAAACUCGAUGAGUCAGGUGUAGGUGAUUCCAUCAAGCCUGAGGUACAAGAAACAGAGGUAAUUAUGGACAAGCCUUGUGGUGCUGAAAAAGGUUUAGAUAGAACGACAAGCUCUGCUACGCGUAGACGUUCCAUACAAAAAGGCAUGCCCUUUAUGGUGCAACUUCCGGAUGAGGAAGAAGUUUUUCAGCGACAAGAAUAUGCAAAAAGGAGAGCGAACACCGGGAAACGAUGUAUCCCAGGUAAGCUGGUAGCACCAUCAGGGAGACAACAGCGACAGCGGUUGCGUUCUGCGUUACUCUCUCCCCAUCGUAACCCGUCUCCCGUAUUGACGCAGAGGCGUCUCGCUCCUGCCUCUUCUUGUUUCGGGUCAUUACUGCGUGAUUCAGUCUCCCAACCCAAUCCUGCGCCCCAUGAAACAUACCUGCAACCGAAAAAAUUUUUUACACACCAGAAGACCUUGCCUAUUUCGUCUGAGAACUCUCUCGAGGGAGGUGAAGUUGCAUCUAAGGUAGAAAAAGCGGAGGAAGCUCCUAACUGGGCAGGCGGACGACAAGGAGAGGCACCGCAGAGACUUAUUCAAGUGCUCAAUACGGAUAAACAGCAACACGAUCAAAACACACGUGAGAAUGGUCCUGUUAUGGCAGUGACGGCAGGAAGGUCUUCUGUUGGGCGUGGUGUGGUUCUGUUCACACUCAAAGACGAGAAUGAUAGUCCAACUACGUGGCUCCCUGGGCAGCUACCAUCACGUCAUGAGGCCGGUUUGAACGCCCCAGAAGCCGAAGGUGGGUUCGCGCAUCGCCCCUUGCCGCUCUUGUCAGAUUUCAGUCACGCCAUCAGGGUGCGGAGCUGUGUGGGGAGUCCCAGCACCGGUGAAAUGGGGGAGACUCUUGUGAGGGGUUACGAGACUGGCAAAAGUGCAGAUAAUCGAUCAUACGUUUCAGCGGUAAUGCCAGUUCAAAAUGUUGCCUUAGGUCUAUCUGCGGAAUCGGUAACGCCAUUCAGAUGCGAUUACUACUACUUUGGUGAAUCAACAAUGAAUGACUGCCCUCGAUACUGGAGUCUAAUCGAAGCUGUGGAGUGUAAAGUACAAGACAUCCGUGAAUACCACUCAUAUAGGCAGAAGCCGAAGUGGCCAAGGUCUCCGUUGCAAAUAGUCCCAUCGAGGAAAGCGGAUAAUGGGGUUGAUACCGCCAGCACGCAGGAGAGUUCUGAACUUUUGCCGUUGCAGAUAACAGUGGAGCAGGGCAAGGAUACAUCCUAUGCAAAAGAAUGGGAGCGGUCUGAGGAGGAGUUCCGUAAAGUGAUCGUUGGCUCAGAAAGAUCAGCAGCAUCGCCUGUUGGCAUGCUGAAAGUGACCUCCGCGAUGGCUGCGGAAGCAGCGACAUUGCUUCACAUGCGUCAGCGCCUCUGUCACAUAAGGAAGUUAUUUUUGUAUGAACCUUCAGUUGACAGUGCCCCCUUCCCCACAUUACCUGCGUGGCUCGUUUCACGUGGAGGUGCCGUAACGCAAGGAAGUCGAGGUGUCCAGAAUUCAAUCUCGAAGGAAAGUGGUGAGCCGCUGCAUGCUAACAGCGACAAACAGGCUCGACGGCUUCAAGAGGAUAUUAUGCAUGAAACUAUUCAUAGCGUACUGGGCAAACUCACUGAACGUGCACUCUUCGCAGAGAUUCUACAGGGGAUUGAAUCGGAUUUAUUUUCCGCGUUGCUUAAACAUGAGAUUGCGCAACGUGAAGAACAUCUCCCGCUGGAAGCUGAAUCAUUAAACCCUAUAUCGUCAGUAGUGGAGGACAAGGCAGUGUCUGUGGAGCUCCUGCAGAGCAUUUUGGAGGAUGCGGUGCUGGAGCAGCUGCAUAUGAAUACACAGGGGAAUGGACUUCUUGAAAAUACCCGCAGCACUGUCAAAAAAAAAAGUAUUGAAGACGACUCCAAAGGUAGUGAGCAGCUUAUGCUUGAAGCCCUUCAACGUGCGCUUCUGCCAGUGGAUCAUAUGGAUAGACACAAAGAUGAGCAAAGCUGCCACGAAGUGGUAUGUGUGCCUGAAGUACCAUGCCCUUUGUGGUUGAAUAACAGACGAACAGAUUCCCCUAAAAAUGAGGUUGGUCAACAACGCACAUCGGAUUUACCGAUGCCCUCGACAGUUUCAGGGGCUACUCCUGUUACGCCCUCUGUGUUGUCCUCAAUGAAGGCCAUUCCACACGAGUUAGGACAUGUCUGCUUUUCAGGAAACACACAAGGAGAGAUUAAGGUCAGUCUAGACACUACUGAUACGCAACACCUGCCCAUCACUAACACAUGCACUGUGAACGUCAUUCUUGACCUCUCCAAGGUCGAGCAAUACCACUCGUCUCUCCUGCAUUCUCCCUCUGAAGUUAGAAAGCAUUUGUCGUUGUCGCAAGGAGAUGGAAAAUUGGUCAUCAUGCAGCAGGAGGAACCACGCUGUCAGAUGCAAGAUGAAGACCUUUGUGAUGUUAUUGUGGAAUCCGUCAUCAUGUCGCCUGCAGUCAAGUUGAGAGAAUAUCCAAUGAGGAAUAUGUUACACGACGCCACGGAGCCCCCAGAAGACUCCAAAGUGCUACCAAGUAAGCCAGUUUUGUUGGUAAAAGACAUUUGUCUUAAGAACGAUGACCACUACAACAGUGAAAUCGUUCGACGCGACACCAAUUUGUCACAGGAACGAAACGCAGUCGUGGUCUCGGGUCCGAUUUCCAUUCCUACCACUGUUCCCAUUCCUGCAGUGUCGAUCAUUUCUAUAUCAGAACCUGUAAAAGCUGUGCCGCCUGUCACACCUGAGGUGUUGCCUAGCGUUUCCUGUUGCCAGGUGGAAAACCGACUUUGCGAACUGCAUGAGAUGGAAGCCGAGCGUAGGGACUCUCUUUACAACCAAGAGGCGAUGCAGCGUGAUAUCUUAGUCACGAUGCAGGAGUGGUACAGUCGUCUCCAUGAAACUUCCAAGAGGCUGAUUUCAGCCGUCCCCACCUUUGUGUCGCAAUCACCGCAGCAGAGUGAGUAUCCGAAGCCGAAGCGACAGUUGUGUAAGUCAGAUAGUUCACUAGUUCCGACCACCGUGAUACGAGACCCAGUGACAAAGUUUAUCUUUGAGUGGCUUAAAUCAUUUAAUGAGAAGCAGACACAACACACUGAGGGGAAAAACUUCGUGCGACAACUUUCCGCUGUGACGGGCACGGCAGAGUGUGGAGCUCAAAUUAAGAGAGAGACGAGACGUGACCACACACUAUCUACACGAAGAAAAGAAACUGACACAAGCCUUUACGAGUCUACAUCGUCAAUGUCUUCGGCGUCCUCAUGGCUGACAUCGACCAAUCCCAGCAGCUAUGACCCUGCUGGUGGUCACCGUUUUCUUCAGGCGAAUCAACACUUAGUUCGUGUGCGAAGGACACUAAUGCCACACGAUAAAGAUAGUGUGAGCAAAAGUGGUCACCUCUAUUUACGCCGCUGUCGCCCUGUGCUGGACGCUUCGUCUUCCGGAUCGUCGAAUCAGAAGAACACAAAUGGCAGAAGCAUUGACAGCCUCAACACAGUCACAGGUGUGACAACACGUUACACUACGACGACGACGCGAGGAACUACCCCUUCCAUCUUGUCAUUCUGUGCCUCUAGUGAAGCAGAUGUACAUUCUAAGGAUCUUGACCUACCUUGUUUUCCACGUAGCGAUCCCCUAGCGGAAGAGAGUCGCGAAACGCAGGUUUCAUCGGAGAGUCCACCACCUCACCGUCCACACUCGUCGGUAUUUCAGCCCUUUCCAGGUUGUUCCUUGCCAAACUUUCCGUGGUUAGUUGAGCUUUCUCAACAUCAAGACAAUCACCAUGUGUCUUAG